AUGGCUCAGAAUAACUUUGAGGGUUUGAGAGAGCUACACGACUGCGUAAACUAUCUCCUUGAUCACUGUCCGAGAACAAGAGAAUCUCUGUCUCAACAAGGACAAGAAAAAUGGACGGAACAAGUUUCAGAAGCUUCACUGAAGAUGUUAGACAUCUGUAACGUAUCCAAAGAUGUGAUGACACUCGUGAAACACAACUUGCAAGAUCUACAACUGGUUUUACGUGGUAACGAAUCAUCUGAUGUUAACGAGAAGAUCGCUGCGUAUAAUCGGUAUAAGAACAAUCUCAAGAAGGAGACGCUGAAAUGCUUAAACUGUCUGAAGAACAUGAAAGGAAGCGGAGGAAGAGUGGCCAUGCCAAUAGAACAGAACCUUCUGUUCGUUGCUGAGGUUUUGGAAGAAGUAAGAAGAGUCGUUGUGACGAUGGUUGAGUCUUUGUUCUCGCUUGGUUGUAUUCCUUGGCUAGAGAAGAGAUCGAGCAAAGGGUCUUUGUCUUCCAUCUUUACCAUUCGGUCUUCGUAUUUAUUAGAUGAUGUAUGGGACGAGACCGCGGUGCAAAGUGCGACUACGAGGUUGGAGGCGGCGGAGAUUGCUAUAGAGGAGCUCGAGAUAGAGUUGGAGUUUAUUUUCCGGCGAUUGAUUCAGACGAGAGUUUCACUUCUUAAUAUUCUCACCAACUAGAUAAUAUAUGGUAUAUCCGGUUAGGUUUUGCUUCAAGCGGACAUGUUUAGUUUAC